UGCCCGAUGUCACUGUGUGCUUUCCUGCCGAAAAGCGCUUUGUGUCUGCUGUGCGGCCGGGGCGCGCUCAGCGUCGAGGAUGAGGAAGAGGGCGUGGAGGAAGAGGCAAAGGUGGGAUGCGGUGGGGCGAGAUCGUCAAAGUCGUCCAGGGAAAAGUGGUAGUUGGGGUUGGAGUGGCCGGAGUAAGGAUAAUGAUAGUCUGAUUCUUCUGGGGCGUGGCCGAGGUCAGUCCAGGUGUAACCUCCAGGGCCGGAGGAAUGGCC